UCUUACCCCUUUCCUCUCUUUCUUGCCCUUGUGUUAAUCACUCAAGCUGCCUCUCAUUUACUCCCUUGUUUCCCUUGUAUAAAAGCCCUUCCCAGUUAUAUGUUCCCCAGUCCCGUCAUUGACGUUACCUCUCUGAUUUGCCCAUGUCUUCCCUGUUUGACAUGGUUGAUCCCCUGCGAACCAGUUGCUUUCUAUUCUAUUACUAUUGUAUUACUACUUCUUUUACUAAUAUUGCUUAAUACGCCUGUCCUCGAGUCUUCUGUCCUGCAUCGUGUGACAGGUACCUUGAAGUAUAAUGUUUAAUUGAUGUUCUAUACAAGAUCAUUUAAAUAAACCAAAUUAUCAUUAACACUAAUAUGGGAGAACAAAUAUUACAUGGAAAUGACAUUUUUCUUCAUAUUAUUCAUUGCUGCUCAUCAAUUUCAAUUGCUUUUGUUGCAGAAUUAUAUGAAUUUAAGGGGAAAAAAACACUGGUUCCCACUAAACCUCAUCAAAAUUCCACAUGGGGAGAUGACUGUAGAUGACGUGAUGCUCUCCCUCCAGUGGGAUCUCCCUCCAUCGGCUGUCUGGAAGUCUAUUCAGAACACCUCCAGUCCUGCUCAGAGCACGGCCAGUCUGGAGCAUCCCCAAGCCCAGUACUGUAUGGGAGACACCUUAGAUGUGCGUGUGGACAUGCGGGACCACAGUGGGAGGCCCAAGACUCAUGGAGGAGACUUCAUAUUGGCCAGAAUUCACUCCCCCAAUCUACAGGCCUCCGCCGCAGGAGCCGUCACUGACCUCCGCAAUGGCUCCUACCGUGUCCGCUUCACCCUGCUCUGGCCUGGGGAGGUGCAAGUGUCUGUGCUCCUCAUGCACUCCUCUGAGGCGGUGCAGGCGCUGUGGAGGUCCAGGCAGCUCAACUACAAGAAGAUCACACAUAAAGGAGCCUUUGUCAACGGGAGCAAAACUGAGACGUCUGAGUGCGGCUUCCAGCUGAACGCGAGCAAAUCCCUGUGCGAGUACAAAGACGAGAGGGACGGAGAAUCCUACUCCUGUUAUACACCCCCAACCCUGCCCUGUCACUCGAUCGACACCAUGUCUUCAUUCAACACUCCAGGAUCUGCACUCACCAAGGAGGAAGCUUUGCUACUUAACUGGAAAAAUAUUGGGGUGAAGAUAAAGAACCACUUUGACAAUGUGGAUGUCAACGAUUGUUCUGUUUCCCCCAGCAAAGUAGGUAAGUAUUGUAUCCAGAGAAUCAGUCCCAGCAUCCCGAGUGGUUACUACUGGAGAAACCAGUGGUCUUCCUUGUACUGUAAAACUGGCAGCUUCUUCACUCUGGAGUCCAUCAACCGCUGCCUGAAAGGAAAGACACUCUACCUUAUGGGAGACUCUACUAUGCGUCAGUGGAUACAGAAUCUGAACAGCUUUCAAACAGAUAAAAGCAGAGACUAUCGUGGCUUUUCCCUCUUGAAGAUUGUUAACAUUAAGAGCAAUUAUACCAUCUACUGGAAAAAUCACGGUCAUCCCAGGAUUACAUUUAGUAAAAUUAAACUCAUCGAGGCUCCCUACAUUUCCCGAAAUUUGGACGCUAUCGGAGCAGAGGGAGAGGACACAGUGGUGGUGAUCGGAGUGGGGCAGCACUUCCGCGCCUACCCCCUGGAGCUCUUUGUCCGCAGGUUGCUGAGCCUGCGGAGGGCCAUCCAAAGGCUGCAGGCCCGCAGUCCCGGGACCCGCAUCUUCAUCAAGCUGGAGAACACCAGGGAGCUCUCCUCAGAACCAGAACGUUUCAGCGACUGGCACGGACACCUGCAGAACCUGGCUCAGAGGAAGGUGUUUGGGGACCUGCAGGUGGGGUUUGUGGAUGCCUGGGAGAUGACAGUGGCUGCCAACACCUUUGUCAUCCACCCCGACCCAACCAUCAUUGCCAGUGAGGUGGCGGAGUUUCUGUCCCGUCUCUGUCAUACUCCACAGGAUACCAGUGCCAUAUUCCACUUGUCCUCUGAUAGCUUUCUGCAAAGUCUGCUUCAUUUCUGACCAUUUAAUAUCUACAUGAUUUUUGCCAGUUAAACUUCUGCCAUAUCUGUUUUCAGCUGUGGAAAGGCAACUGUGCGUAUCAUAAGGAAAGUUGCUUACAAGGUGUCGCAUAUCGGAAACCUUUCAGCAGAGCUGGAUUGGCUACCUGGCAUAGUGGGUAUUUUCCUGGUAUGACGCCCCCCCCCAAUAAAGGACCAUUUGCCAAUUUUUAAUCCCAGUCCAGCCUUACCUUUAAAAUACAUGUUUAUUUCAGUUCCUGGAAUUGGUGUGGGAACAGUGUAUGUUUAGAAAAUAGGUUUGCAAAACCAGUGCCCACAAAAUGUGUAUCACAUGCAUGGGCUAUUGCUGAAGCAGGGUGUGAGAGUACUACUAUGGAACCUCACUUUAAAUAUUCAUGUACUGUAUAUUAUAUAUUCUUGUAUGAACACCCAGGGUUUUCGUGAUGGUUAAUUGUCCACUCUGUACGCAACAAAGACGUAUGCAAAGCCAUGUUGUACUGUAAUAGAUUUUGAUUGAAUCCUU